GCACAUACGGCAAUCGGCGCUCUUUUCCUGAGGCUGUACAGUGUUUGUUGAGAGAUUGAAACAGUUUUAUUUCGGUUUUUAAUACUUGUGUAGCGCUCAAAAUCAACCGAAACCAUGUCCAAAGAGGAGGAGAAUGUGGAGACCGGCGAUACGAAUGAAAAUUCGAACGAGUCCACUUCGGAUACUACUUCAUCCCACACGAAGGAACCUGACUACGAUGCAACGCUGGAAACAGACCGCAGCAAACGAUUUGAGUUUUUGCUUAAGCAGACGGAGAUUUUUGCUCACUUCAUGCAAGCAGCUCCGACGAAGAAUGCAAGCAGUCCCCCGGCAAAGCCCAAAGGAAAGCCGAAAAAGGCGGAGAAAGCACCAGCGGCAGUUGAUGAUCCUGGAGAUCACCGGCAUCGUAAGACCGAACAGGAAGAAGAUGAGGAAUUGUUGGCGGAAACCAACGUAAAAUCGAAAACUGUUUUUCGCUUCGAGUCGUCCCCACCGUACAUUCCGGCCAAAACCGGUGAGAUGCGUGACUAUCAGGUUCGUGGUCUCAACUGGAUGAUUUCGCUGUACGAGAACGGAAUCAACGGGAUACUGGCCGACGAAAUGGGUCUCGGUAAAACGCUGCAAACCAUUUCGCUGUUGGGUUAUUUGAAGAACUUUCGGAAUAAUCCGGGGCCACAUAUCGUUAUUGUGCCGAAGUCGACGCUGCAAAAUUGGGUGAAUGAAUUUGGCCGAUGGUGUCCAUCGUUGAGGGCCGUUUGUUUGAUUGGUGACCAGGAAACGAGAAAUGUUUUCAUUCGCGAUGUGCUUAUGCCUGGCGAGUGGGACGUUUGUAUCACUUCGUAUGAAAUGUGUAUCCGAGAGAAGGCGGUUUUUAAGAAAUUCAACUGGAGAUAUAUGGUCAUUGAUGAAGCGCAUCGUAUUAAGAACGAGAAGUCGAAACUGUCGGAAAUAUUGAGAGAGUUCAAAACGGCCAACCGUCUUCUGCUCACGGGAACACCGCUACAAAAUAAUUUACACGAACUGUGGGCUCUGUUGAACUUUUUGCUGCCGGAUAUAUUCAACAGUGCGGAUGAUUUCGACUCGUGGUUCGAUGCAAACGAAUGCAUUGGCGAUAAUAAGCUGAUUGAGCGUUUGCAUGCGGUGUUGAAACCUUUUCUGCUGCGUAGAUUGAAGUCGGAAGUCGAGAAACGUCUUCUUCCCAAGAAGGAAGUGAAAAUCUUUGUGGGCUUGUCGAAAAUGCAACGCGAGUGGUAUACCAAGAUUCUCAUGAAGGAUAUCGACAUUGUGAAUGGAGCGGGUAAAAUGGAGAAGAUGCGUCUGCAAAAUAUCCUGAUGCAGCUGCGAAAAUGUACCAACCAUCCGUAUCUGUUCGAUGGAGCCGAACCUGGACCUCCCUAUACAACCGAUUAUCAUCUUCUGGAAAACAGCGGAAAGAUGAUCGUUUUGGAUAAGCUCCUCCUGAAGCUCCAAGAACAAGGUUCUCGAGUGCUCAUUUUCAGUCAAAUGACGCGCAUGCUGGAUAUUCUGGAGGAUUAUUGCCACUGGAGAGGAUACCACUAUUGUCGUUUGGAUGGUCAAACUCCACAUGAAGAUCGUACCAAAAUGAUUGACGAAUACAAUGCGGAGAACAGUUUGAAGUUCAUCUUUAUGUUGUCCACCCGUGCUGGUGGAUUGGGCAUCAAUUUAGCAACUGCUGACGUUGUUAUCAUAUACGAUUCUGACUGGAAUCCCCAGAUGGAUUUACAGGCCAUGGACCGUGCCCAUCGAAUUGGCCAAAAAAAGCAAGUUCGCGUUUUCCGUUUGAUCACUGAGAAUACGGUUGAGGAGAAGAUUGUGGAGCGUGCUGAAAUCAAGUUGAAAUUGGAUAAGCUUGUCAUUCAGCAAGGCCGUCUCGUGGACAAUAAAACCACCCAACUCAAUAAGGACGAAAUGUUGAACAUUAUUCGCUUCGGUGCAAAUCAUGUUUUCCAGUCGAAGGAUUCCGAAAUCACCGACGAAGACAUCGAUAACAUUCUGCAGAAGGGCGAAGAAAAAACUCAGGAACAAAAUGCUAAGCUGGAAAAACUGGGUGAAUCAUCGCUUCGUAGUUUCACUUUGGAUACUGAGAAUUUGGAAAAUCGUUCCGUCUAUCAGUUCGAAGGUGAAGACUAUCGUGAGAAGCAGAAGCUUCACGCUCUGGGCUCCUGGAUUGAGCCUCCAAAGCGUGAGCGCAAGGCAAACUAUGCGGUGGAUGCGUACUUCAAAGAAGCACUUCGAGUGGCCGAACCGAAGGCUCCGAAAGCGCCUCGCCCUCCAAAGCAACCCAUCGUGCAGGACUUUCAGUUCUUCCCGCCGAGGCUGUUCGAGCUGCUCGAUCAGGAAAUCUACCACUAUCGGAAAACGGUCAACUAUAAGGUACCGAAAAAUCCCGACCUCGGCCCGGAGGCGAACAAAGUUCAGCGCGAAGAGCAGCGCAAGAUCGAUGAGGCUGAACCGCUGACCGAGGAAGAGAUGGCUGAAAAAGAUUCCCUACUGACGCAGGGUUUUACCAAUUGGAACAAACGAGAUUUCAAUCAGUUUAUCAAGGCGAAUGAGAAGUACGGUCGAGAUGAUAUCGAGAAUAUUGCUAAGGAGGUCGAAGGGAAAUCAUCGGAAGAGGUCAUGGAAUAUAGUGCAGUGUUUUGGGAACGUUGUCACGAGUUACAGGACAUUGAACGAUUGAUGGGUCAAAUUGAGCGAGGCGAGGCGAAGAUUCAGCGAAGAGUUUCGAUUAAAAAGGCACUCGAUGGAAAGAUGGCUCGUUAUCGGGCCCCGUUCCAUCAGCUGCGCAUUUCCUACGGUAACAACAAAGGCAAAAACUACACUGAAGAGGAGGACCGUUUUCUGGUGUGUAUGUUACACAAGCUGGGCUUCGACAAGGAGAAUGUGUACGAAGAGCUUCGUGCGGCGGUACGUUCGGAUCCGCAUUUUCGCUUCGAUUGGUUCCUCAAGUCUCGGACGGCUCUCGAGUUGCAACGCCGUUGCAACACCCUGAUUACGCUUAUUGAGCGUGAGAAUCAGGAAUUGGAGGAAAAAGAACGACUGGAGAAGAAGAAAAAGACCGGCGCAUCUGGAGGAACACAGAAAGCCGCCACCGGUAAACGAAAGGCAGAGACGGCAACGACGCCUAGUGAUAAGAAUACGAAGAAGAAAAAGAAAACAUAGGCGUCAUAAGUUAUCUUUUCUUUUCACGACUGGACUAUAAAGUCAAGAAAUCAUCCAUAGUUUUUAGGGAUAAUAGCUCGGAUAGUGUUUUUAACAUUCAGUUAUGCUAAGAACUCUUUUAUAACUCAAACAAUGGUUCUCAUACGGAAGAAAUAUUUGCACAGAAAUUAGUUUGUGGCUUACAAUAGCGAUUAAUUUAUUUCGAGUAUUAUUGUGUACGCUAGUUUAGCAAGUUGACACUGGUGAAGUAUAUGUACAAUUAACAACAUGUGUAUUGAUAUUGACAUACAUGACUAUAAUACUGCAUAUUCUAUGAUAUAAUUGAGGCAGAUUUGUGUCUAGUUAACCAUAAACUUGAGAGUGUAAUCAAUGAGCAUCAUGAAACAGGAGCUGACAUGCAAUGAUAUAAAUGCGA